UUAGCUCCACCGUUUAAUCUUUUAAUUCAACAAGAUUCAAACCCUAACCCCGCAAUUACAAUUUUAAAUCACUGUCACUUUGUAAGUCAUAGAUUCCAGUGUUUAAAUUCAUCAUAGCAUCAUCAUAUUAGGGUUUUGAAAAAUCAAUUUGGAAGAAAUUUGAAACCCUAGAUUGCAUAAAUCCAUGUCGAUUUGAUGAUGUUUUAACCGCUCGCUGCUUCCAUCGAUGUCGAUCAUCAGCGACGCGCUCCGGCAAGCGUUUAUGCCAAAGCGCGAGUACGAGAGUCUCAGGGAAGAAGAAAAAGCAUGGAGCAAGCUUCAGAGACCGGUGACAGUUACUUUUGUCGCCGGAAUCUGGCUUGCAAUCAUCGUUUCCACGGUUAUCAGUUUGAAUAUAGUGUUUCCCGGUAGCGAUGGGAAGAGACCGUUAUGUGUUGAUCGAAGUCUUCAAACGGUACAAUUAGGAAUGAAAGGUGACUCUGAAUCUGAUCUGUUUCCCAGUGCUUUUUAUCUUACGGAUCAAGAAAUUGUUGAUUAUUAUUGGAUGGUUGUGUUCAUUCCGUCGUUCAUAGUUUUCGCGCUUUCCAGUGUUUAUCUCAUUGCUGGUAUCGCUGUAGCUUAUUCUGCUCCAACAAGGAAUGGAUGCUUGAAGGUGGUUGACAAUAAUUAUUGUGCCUCAAGGCGCGGUGGUGUUCGCUGUCUAUCCAUCUUGAAUCUUAUCUUUGCCAUCAUCUUUGGUAUUCUUGCCUUGUUUCUUGGUUCAAGUCUCUUGACAUUCACGAGCAAGAGCAACUGUUCUACACCUUUGUUUUGGUGCUAUGAAGUUACAUCUUGGGGACUGGUUAUUCUAUACGGUGGCACUGCCUUCUUCCUAAGGAGAAAAGCAGCUGUGAUUCUUGAUGAAGGGCACUUUGGUGGUCGAAAUCUAGGGCUUGAAAUGCUGGAAACAAAUCCCCUAGAAGUCACACCAGAGGUGGAAAGGCGUGUCACUGAAGGGUUUAAAGCAUGGAUGGGUUCAUCCCUUCUUUCUUCUGAUGAAGAAGAUGAACCUGACAGUUAUGAGGAGGCACCUCAUUUAACACAUACUAACUCAAACAGGCAAAGACUCUGAACUCGAUAAAUUCAGUCCUAAGAGCUUGGCGCCGUCCUUUUUCAAGACUUUCAUGCCUUGAAGAAUGUUAUGAUGGAUCAAAUUCAGGUUUGUACAAAAAUGUUUUCACAUGUAUCAUACAACAAUAACAAUUACAAAUGUUGAUUAAUGGAGUAUGGACUUGGUGCUCCUUUGAACUAAGGAUUUCACCUCAUAUCGACAUAUCCCCAUAUUUUGAUUAAUGGAGUAUGGACUUUGUGCAAAUAUAAGAUUCAAGAUGGAUGAAUCCAUUAACAAGGGGAUGUUCGAAUGCAAUACAGAUGUUAGGUUUCACCAAAAUAUUAGGAAUGUGACUAGUAUUGGAUGUUGUUUGUGGGAGUCUUGGGGGGUUUUGUGAAGACUCGCACAACUUGAUUUGGUAUUUUGUUAAAUGAGAUAUGACUUUCAUUUGUGUCGUGUAAUGAACUCGAGAACAAGACCUCAACAGUGUGAUCUUUUUAGGCUUGAUUUUCAACGGGUAAAUGAGGCUAUAAACAACACUCACAAGACUUAGGGUGCGUUUCAUUUGAUGAAAAAUGUAAGAUUGGAUGAGACAACUUUAAUAGUACUUUUUUAUUUUAUUUAAAAAUUGUGUUUAGAACUGGACAAAAUAGAGAUAAAAGUCUAGAAAAAAGUGAAAUAUGUCCUCUCUCUUUCUC